GGAAAAAAUUAGGGCUUUUUCAAAUGUGGGCAACAUGGUAUGAUCCUCAGGAGAGGCUUUCGGGGAGGAGGUUGUCCGUGUUGGUGCCCUAGCGGCGGCGGCGGCGUGAAAGAAGGCGCAGAUCCAGGUAGCGGGGGAUCUGGUGGCAGCAGUAGUGAGAAUACUGUGACCGCUAGGGUUUUGCCGAUAGCACGCAUUCUAUCCAGGUCUUCGAGCCGCAAAGAGCGCGAGGAUAAAGAGGCUGCUGCUCGCGAGGAGCAGCGCAUCCAAGGGAUCAUCAUGGCGGCUAUGGUGUCAGAUAGCAAGACGCCCAAGGAUGUUCGCUACGAUCCGCAUGCUCCGGGCGAUAAUCCCUUUGAAUUGCCGCAUCUCGCCGAUUUUCUUCCUCUCCCUCCGGUGGAAUCAACUUACAGAGCCAAGAGCGGGUACGCCAGGAAACAAAAGAGCUAGUGCUAAACUUCUCUCUUCGUGUUUGUAAGGCCGUUUCCUCAAGAAGGGGCUGUUCCAACGAAAGCCACUCCGGAUAGUCAGGAUAUGCGUCGUCUGUUUGUUCAUGACGACGAUAGAGUUCUUCUCAAGGUGGUACACUAUGGUCAUCCAACUUCUGCCGGUAUCGAAUACGGGCCCAAGGGCGAAUGGGAGUUCAAGCCUCUGUGGGCUCAUCGUGCAGGCCCGCGCGCGUGGAUUUACUUUCACCCAAUGACAGUGCGAGCGGCUAUUGUGACUUGCGGUGGUCUUUGCCCGGGGCUUAACGAUGUGAUUCGGCAGGUUGUCUAUACGCUCGAAACUUACGGCGUCACAGACAUCUUGGGCAUUCAGUAUGGUUUUCGUGGGUUCCUUGAUAAGACGUUGCCACCUAUCAUUCUGAAUCGUAAGGUUGUUCAAGGCAUACACAUGCGCGGAGGAAGUUUUCUUGGCGUUUCGCGUGGGCACCCAAACGUUGAAGAGCUUGUUGACAAACUAGAGGAGUGGGGCAUCAAUAUGCUGUAUGUCAUCGGUGGAAAUGGCUCUCAUGCUGGAGCUAGCGCUAUCUACGAAAUUUGUUACAAACGGAAAUUGAAGAUUGUCGUUGUUGGCAUUCCAAAAACCAUUGACAAUGACAUUCUUUUGAUUGAUAAAACGUUCGGUUUUGACACUGCUGUGGAGGAAGCACAAAGAGCAAUAAACGCUGCCUACGUUGAGGCCAGUAGCGCUCUCAAUGGUGUUGGUAUUGUUAAGCUCAUGGGCAGGCAGAGUGGAUUUAUUGCCAUGUAUGCAACACUUGCCAGCGGCCAAGUAGACCUUGUCCUGAUUCCGGAGGUGCCUUUUGAAAUGGACGGAAAGAAUGGUGUUCUAGCGUUCAUGAAGAAAAGGCUUGACAAGAAUGGUAACUGCGUAGUAGUCAUUGCCGAAGGUGCUGCUCAGAAUUAUCUCGAAGGCACCGGAGGCACUGAUGCAUCUGGCAAUCCGAUCCUAGGAGACGCUGGAAAGUGGCUCUACAAUCUUGUUAAAUCCCACUUCAAGGAGUUGAACAUCCCUGUCGAUGUGAAAUACAUCGACCCAACGUACAUGAUCCGAGCAAGAGCUUGCAACUCGUCGGACCACAUCUACUGCAGCGUCCUUGGACAGAAUGCGGUUCAUGGUGCCUUCGCUGGCUACACAAACUUUAGCAUUGGACUGGUGAACACGCAUUACGUGCUGCUGCCGAUUCCAGAGAUCAUCAAGACUGCUCGAGCUGUGGAUCCAAACAGCAACAUGUGGCACAGAUGCUUGGGAUCCACAGGCCAGCCAGACUUCGCUCCGGGGCCUCCAGAAAUCAAGCCGAGCAGCUAUCCCCUGAGCCAGAAGAGAGCCAGCAACUUGAUGCAGAUGAACGCCAUGGCUCAGCCAUCAGGACCGGCUUCCAAGCAGCCAGUGAAGACACAGGGGCCUUCCAAAGCAGCGCAGGGCGCCAAGGCAGCUCAAAAACGAUAGGAAGAUCAUCAUCUCUUCCAAGUUUUUCUUUCCGAAAGUUUCAUCGCUACUCGUGUUCUACGUUCUCACUUGCGAAGGAAUUUUUUUUGUAGCAAACGUUGUGUGAGAAUGUCUGGUGGAUUUAUAUGAAAACUUUCAUCCAAAA